AUGGACACUACAAAUCCACCUUUGGCUGGUGCUGAUGAUUUUGAUAUGUUUGCUAAUGAUGAUGAGUCUGCAGCCACUGAACCAUCUUCAGCUGAAAAUACUGCACUUAGUGAACCACCAUUAGAUAUAUUUUCUCUUUUUUUAGUAGGGAAACACUGGAGAAACGUCGGCUUGGCCUUUAACUGCAUAUUUCUUCUGUUUGGAUCUGUUAUCCAACUUAUAGCUUGUGCAAGCAAUAUAUAUUACAUAAAUGAUAAUCUGGACAAGAGGACUUGGACAUACAUAUUCGGAGCAUGUUGUGCAACCACUGUCUUUAUUCCCUCAUUUCACAACUACAGAAUCUGGUCCUUUUUGGGUCUUGUUAUGACCACUUACACUGCUUGGUAUCUAACAAUUGCUGCAAUCCUUCACGGUCAGAUGGAAGGAGUUAAGCACUCGGGUCCAAAA